AUGGCUCCUCACGCAGAUGGUCCAACCCUCCGCCCGGGUGACUCGACCGCUUCGGCCCGGUACCAUUCCUCGUCGACCCAGGACGCGAUUGACGCCGAGUAUAAGUACGCCGCCCACAACUACCACCCCCUCCCCGUCGUCUUCGCUCGCGCGCACGGCGCCGAUGUCUGGGACCCCGAGGGCAAGCACUACAUCGACUUCCUCUCCGCGUACAGUGCUGUGAACCAGGGCCACUGCCACCCGGAGCUGGUGAAAGCUCUCACCGAGCAGGCCGGGCGGUUGACCUUGAGCUCGAGGGCGUUCCACAAUGACGUAUUUCCGAAGUGGGCGGAAAAGGUGCAGUCCAUGUUCGGGUAUGACAUGGCUCUGCCAAUGAACACCGGCGCCGAGGCGGUGGAGACGGCGAUCAAGAUUGCACGAAAGUGGGCGUACAAAGUCAAGGGGGUGCCGCAGGGCAAGGCCUUGGUGUUUGGUGCCGCGGAAAACUUCCACGGCCGGACGAUGAUAGCGGUGACGUUGUCCACCGAUCCAGAGUCCAAGGACAACUACGGGCCGUACGUACCCAACAUUGGCGCCACUUCCCCAUCCACCGGCAAGCCAAUCCGGUACAACAACGUAGCCGACUUGGAGGAGGUACUCGACGCCCACGGGCCCGAAACGGCCGCGUUCAUCGUCGAACCCAUACAGGGGGAGGCGGGCGUGGUGGUGCCCGACGAUGAUUACUUGGCCAAGGUCCACGCUCUUUGCAAGAAGCACAACGUGCUGCUGAUCUGCGAUGAGAUCCAGACGGGCAUUGGUCGCACCGGACGGAUGCUGUGCUCGCAGUGGGCCGGCAUCAAGCCAGACAUGGUUACUUUGGGGAAGGCCAUCUCCGGCGGCAUGUAUCCGGUCAGCUGCGUCCUCAGCAGCAAGGACAUCAUGCUCGUCGUCGAGCCCGGGACGCACGGCUCGACGUACGGCGGGAACCCCCUAGGGUGCGCCGUCUCGAUUCGCGCGCUCGAGCUCAUGGAAGAAGAGAGGCUUACCGAAAAGGCUGAGAAGCUCGGCCAGGUCUUCCGCGACGCACUGGCCGCGUUUCACUCACCCGUCAUCAAGACGAUCCGCGGGAAGGGGUUGCUGAAUGCGGUCGUCAUAGACGAAUCGCAAACAAAUGGCCAUUCGGCCUGGGACCUCUGCAUUCUCCUCAAGCAGAAGGGACUCUUGGCUAAACCGACGCAUGGGAACAUCAUCCGAUUCGCGCCCCCAUUAGUCAUAUCGGAGGCGCAGCUUCGGAAGGCGACGGCUAUCAUUGGCGAUGCGCUGCGAGAGUUGCCAAAAUCGAAGAAGUCAGAGCACGGUUCCGGAUUGGAGAAUUGA